UCCGAGUGAUUGUCGAAUGUUGAUUUGUGUGCGUAAUAGCAUUAAUAAACCUGUGUCGAAAGUUUAGCUAAAAAUUUUAUUUUACCUGGGCCGCAAUCGUAAAUUCUCAGAUAGCUCCGUCGAAACCCUUCCGUUUGCAUCACAAACAACACCGUAGCAUACUGUGCGUUUUCGAAAGCAAGACUAAUAAAAAAAAAAAAAUUAUCAUUUCAUUAGACACUCGCAUAGAAAACAAUUUAUUCUUAAGGUCAGCCAUGUCUGUACUGAAUCAUAGUUGUGACGAUCAGCCCGAAUGUCCGCUGUGUAUGGAGGCGUUCGAGGUGGACGACCUGAACUUUUUUCCGUGCACCUGUGGUUACCAAAUAUGUCGGUUUUGUUGGCAUCGUAUUCGAACCGACGAAAACGGCCUGUGUCCGGCGUGCCGAAAGCCAUAUCCCGAAGACCCGGCCGAUUUCAAACCACUCAGCCGAGAAGAAGUAGCCAAAAUGAAAGCGGAGAAACGGCAUAAACACCAGCAGAAAAAAAAUAAGAUCACCGAAGAUAGGAAAGUACUAAACAACAUUCGUGUAUUACAGAAGAAUUUGGUUUUUGUCGUUGGACUGCCCAAUCGGAUAUCAGAGGCUGAAACGCUCAAGAAACACGAUUAUUUUGGUAAAUUUGGAAAGAUAUUGAAAGUUGUAAUAAAUCAAAGUACAUCUUAUAUUGGCACACAAGGUCCAAGUGCAAGUGCUUAUGUAACGUACUCGAGGUGUGAAGACGCGCUUAGGGCCAUUUUAGCUGUCAACAAUGUCAUAAUAGAUAAUAGAGUAUUAAAAGCGUCUUUGGGUACAACGAAAUAUUGUUCAAAUUUUAUGAAAAAUCAACCUUGUCCAAAAACAGAUUGCAUGUAUCUACACGAAAUGGGAGAACCAGAAGCCAGUUUUACAAAAGACGAAAUGCAGCAGGGUAAACACCAGGAAUAUGAAAAAAAAUUAUAUGAGCAAUACAAUGUGGUGUUAAGAAGACCAGAUAAUUCGCCUCCGAUUCAAAAUUCGACGGUCAACAAUAGUGUUAUUGAAAAUUUAACCCAAAACAAUAAAGAAUCAUGGCCUUCUCUCAAUAACGGUACUUCAAGAAAUCAUUCUCCAGUUGAAGACGACAGAUUAUAUGAAGUAGAAAUUACAUUAUCGAAUCACACGGAAAAAAAUUUAGAUAAAGGAGAAUCUCAGAGUACCAAAAUCAAUGGACACAAAAACAAAAAGAAAUCUAGUUCCCCUGAAAAUAGGAAAGGUAAAGUGAAAACUCCUAGUUCGAUACCCUCGGCUGAGGAAGAACAGUUAAGCACGUUAGAAGGAGAAUGUACGGAAAACAAAAGAAAUUUAAUAAAAGAAAUAUGGAAUACCGAACCAGCUGGUGGUAAUAACCAAUUGGAAAACGAUACCCAAAGUGAAACUCUAUUUGAAAAUUCCCAAAAACCACCUUCGAUAUUUGAACAAGACAACAAUAAUUCAUUCUUCUCUUCUAAUUUCUCUAAAUUAACAAACGGCAAAGUCAGCCCUGUAGUUAACAGUGAACCUGAUUGGAGUCCGCCGGUUAGUGCAAUUUUACCGCCAAUUCCUGACGUGUUACCUCAAGUGCAGACGUCCGAAGAUUGGCAAGCGGCGUUCGGUUUUUCAAAUAAUAGUAAUAGUUCUCGAAAUAAUACGUAUAAUCAGUCCUCGGACAUAAAUAGAACAAUGUUAAAUUUACCAACAGAUGAUGAUAUAUUCGAUUCAGUGUCGGCCACACAGCGAGCUCUAUCGGAAUAUAUGGAGCAGCAAAAUCAUCUUAAUAUGUACGAAUCUAGGCUUCAAAAUUCCGGUUUCCCUUAUUGCACGAAAUUAAUGGACAAUCUUCACAUAAACAAUACAGCUCCCACUCGAACAUGUUUACCGCCACCUGGAUUUUCUUCGGCUCCAAAUCAAGUAAAUUCCUAUGGUAUCAGUAUUCCUCGAAACACAGGUAACACUAGUAAAUUGCCACAAAAUAAUCAAUUUGGAUUACAACAACAGAUACGUCAGUCGUCUUCACACAAUUUGGAUUGGUCGUCAAUCGACCCGGCGAUAGUCACAGCGGCGCCUCACUGUAACCUGUUCACGACGCCGCCGCCUCCUCCGGGUUUCAACAUGAGACAAGCGUUCGACUCCAAUCUAUGGUUGUUCAACAACCUCAUAUGAAAUGUGCUUCUACCUACAUCCUACAUGUGAUACUUGCGCAAAAAAAAAAUAAUAAUAAAUAAAUAGUAAUUGGCAUACACUUUUGUUUCAACAUUGAUUAUGAUAACCCUAACAAAAAUUCCGCGCAAUAUUUUAAUGUUAAUUAAAUGAAUUGUUUACGAUUCAAGAAAAUAAAAAAUUUGCCAAACAUUUAUUAU